AUCGGCUUCUUUUUAAACUCUGCGCAUGCGCUGUGGAUAGGCCACUAUAACCUAUACGACUACAAUGAUUCAAAACAAAAACGUGGUGUUGGGAAGUCUGGAGUGAAUUUAUAAAAAUUUAAACUAUGGCAACGCAUAUCAGAUUCAAUGAUGAUGAUGAUGAUGUAAAUGAAUAUAAUCCAACAGACUCUGAAGAUGAGCUCCCAGCAAAAGAAAAAGAACUAUUGAAAAAAGCCAGAAGUAAGGGUGCUAAAUAUUCAGACAGUGAGGAUGAAGUGUUUGGUGUAUAUGAAGAAUCUGAAGAGUCAGAUUCAGAUAAAAGUGACUUGGCACUUAGUGAUGUUGAAGGACAAGGUGAAGAUGAUGAUGGCAUACCAGACUCUAAAGCUUGGGGCAAGAACAAGAAGCAUUACUAUUCCACUGAUUAUGUGGAUCAAGAUUAUGGUGGUUUUCAAGGAACAGAUGGCACUUUAGCAGAAUUAGAAGAGCAAGAAGCAAAGAAUUUGCAAAGUGAACUUGCAAAAAAUCUGGAUGAUGAUGAUUUUGCUUUGGAUUUCGCACCCAAGGAGCUGGAAGAGGAAGAGGAAAUCAAGGAAAGGAGUAAUGUUAUUAAAACUGAUGUUUCCCAGCUGAGCAAGAGGCAAAAACUGCAACUGUUGAUGAAAGAAUCACCAGAGUUGUUUGGCUUGAUAGAUGAUUAUAAAAAUAGAAUGACAAUUGUUACAGAGGAACUAGAUCCAGUCGUAAAGUUUUAUAAAGAAGGGAAAAUCAAGAAGAGUGAAGCUAUGGAUUUUGUUAAUUCAUAUUGUCAGCUUAUAUUAAAUUAUACAAUUAACAUCAGCAUGUAUUUAUUAUUGAAAGCAAAGAAGACUUCAGUGAAAAAUCAUCCAAUAAUUAAAAGAUUGUAUCAAUAUCGCAAGUUGCUCGCACAAAUGGAUCCGGUGUUUGAAGACCAAAUUAAACCUCAGUUUAAUUUACUCCUUGAAAAAGCAGAGAAUCAACCUGCCAUCACUGCUCCAACAAGUGAAAAUAAAAAGAAACUUCUAAACAUUUUAAAAUCUGCUAAAGACGGCACUACUUCAACAUCCAACAAACGUAAACGUGGCGAAAAAGAAGCUAAAUCAAUUCUUAAACACCAAACAACAGAGAAUGAACCACAUUCAGACAAACACAUUACUUUUGCUCCGGAAGACGGAAUCCAAAAUGAUUCAGAGUCGGGUUCUGAGACAGAAAAACUUCCUGCUGAUAUGAAUGAACUAGCAGUGGACGAUGAAAAUGAAGAAAAUGAUGAAGUUGAAGGUGAUGUGAAUUCCAAGCGAGGUAUUACGUACCAAAUAGCAAAGAAUAAGGGUUUGAUGCCCUCGCGUAAGAAGGAGCAGCGUAAUCCACGUGUCAAACAUCGAAAUAAGUUCCGCAAGGCAAAGAUACGAAGGAAGGGUGCGGUUCGCGAAGUGCGACACGAACUUUCACGUUACGGAGGCGAAAUUUCCGGCAUCAAGGCUUCUGUUUCGAAGAGUAUCAAAUUAAAGUCAUAAAAAUUAUAAUACAUGAGUUUAAACGAAA